CCAAGGAAUUAAACUUUGAAAACAAUGUGCGGCCCGUACCCCAAACGAUUAGAAAAGAAAUCGUAAAAUCAUCGUUCUUUCUCCGGACACCGACGCAGCAACGAACUCACCUGCGACGAAGAAAGCUACAAACUCUGAGCUGCGACCCUGCGACGAAGAGCGAACACCAAGCCAUCAGCCCCGCCGCGUUCCUCCGUCCACGCCGCGCGUCCAUCCGUCCAGGGUCUGCGUCUUCGGCCGUCCUUCCUCUCUGUGCUCUGCCUCCAGCUCUGGCGCAAGACCACAGCUCGCAGGAGAAGAGGCAGCACCGCAGCAGACAGCAGCGUUCCGUUUCGGCAAAACCCCAAAUCCCAACCUAAGCUCCGCACUUGGACGGCGCACGGAGGUUCAGGCGCUCAGCACUUGGACAGUUGGACGGCGCACGGCGGUUUUCCAGUUUGGACUGCUUCACUGUUUAGUUUCUGGCUUUCUGUGCUAUUGGGUCGUAAACUGGGACUCUGGAUCUGCGGCCUGCGGAACUAUCUAACGGCUAAAGCAUGCCUAAGGUGAAGACAAACCGUGUCAAGUACCCAGAAGGAUGGGAACUGAUCGAGCCUACUCUUCUUGAGCUACAAGCUAAGAUGAGAGAAGCUGAGAAUGAUCCGCAUGAUGGGAAAAGGAAGUGUGAGGGUUUAUGGCCCAUCUUUAAAAUUUCUCAUCAGAAGAGUCGCUACAUCUUUGACCUCUAUUACAGAAGGAAAGAAAUUUCUAAGGAAUUGUACGAGUUUUGCUUGGAUCAGGGUUAUGCAGACCGCAACUUAAUUGCCAAGUGGAAAAAGCCAGGGUAUGAACGCCUAUGCUGUUUGAGGUGUAUCCAACCUCGGGAUCACAACUACCAGACCACUUGUGUGUGUCGGGUUCCUAAACAUCUUAGGGAGGAGGAGGUCAUAGAAUGUGUCCAUUGUGGCUGCAAAGGGUGUGCGAGCGGGGAUUAAGGUCUUAUUCCUGCUAUUUAUAAGUAUGAUGACGAUGGGGGCUUAUAUGCUGAUGAUGCACUAAUUAAUUAGCCAUCUGUGAUAUUGGUUUUGUACGUGCUACCUUCCCUUUUCGUUCUUUCUUGUACUCCCUCCGUCUCAUAAUUAAGUUCCUACUUUCCUUUUUGGGAUGAUUCAUAUUAAAGUUCCUACUUCAAAACUUUCCUUAUUUGACAAAUGAUUUACAC